CAGCCUCCCCCCUACAGCACCCCCGCUCCUCCUUCCUCUCCUAGGCGGGCGAGAGCUCCCUCCUCUGACCCCAGCGAAUCAGCGUGGGCUUUAGGGGGUGGCGGGAUCUCCCCAAAUGCUGGCCCUGCGCCCCACGGACCCAGGCUCCGAGGACGAGAAAGGCGGGACGGAGAGGCCCUGGGAGAGGCCGGCCCUGGCUAGGCUGGGUGGCAGGCCACGGCUUCCAGCGGACAGAGCAUCCCCGAGGGGCGCCUCCCGACCCAUCCGAAGGUCCUGCGGGGACACGCCCGUGGAUAUGGGUGGGGCCCUGUGGCCAGCCCUGCUGCUCACCUCACUCCUCGGUGCCUGGGCAGGGCUGGGCGCGGGGCCGGGCGAGCAGGCUGUGACGGUGGCCGUAGUGUUUGGCAGCUCAGGGCCACCCCAGGCCCAGGCCCAGGCCCGGACCCGCCUCACCCCCCAGAGCUUCCUGGACCUGCCCUUGGAGAUCCAGCCACUCACCGUGGGGGUCAACAACACCAACCCCAGCAGCCUCCUCACCCAGAUCUGCGCGCUCCUGGGUGCGGCUCGCGUCCAUGGCAUCGUCUUUGAGGACAACGUGGGUACCGAGGCCGUGGCCCAGAUCCUCGACUUCAUCUCCUCCCAGACUCACGUGCCCAUCCUCAGCAUCAGUGGGGGCUCCGCUGUGGUCCUCACCCCCAAGGUGCCCAUUCAAACUCAUGUCCCCUCAUCCCUUGGGCCUGGAGCCAGGCUGGGCCUGGGGGAGCAGGCUCUCAGCCCGGUGGUUCCCCACCCUCAGUUCUUUCGAAAGACCCUACAGCCAGCGCCCCAACUCCGAGACUGCGAUUCGGUUGGUCUGGAACAGCGCGUCCCAAACCAGGGAGCUCGAGAAUCACCCGAAGAGCUUGUUGAAAUACAGAUUCCCGGGCGCCACCCCCCAGAGAUUCUGAUCCAGCAGGCCUUCCACAGGCACCUACUGAAUGUCACCUGGGAGGGCCGGGACUUCUCCUUCAGCCCCGGUGGGUACCUGGUCCAGCCCACCAUGGUGGUGAUUGCCCUCAACCGGCACCGCCUCUGGGAGAUGGUGGGGCGCUGGGACCACGGCGUCCUCCACAUGAAGUACCCAGUGUGGCCUCGCUACAGUGCGUCCCUGCAGCCCGUGGUGGACAGCCGGCACCUGACGGUGGCCACGCUGGAAGAGCGGCCCUUUGUCAUCGUGGAGAGCCCGGACCCUGGCACCGGCGGCUGUGUGCCCAACACCGUGCCCUGCCGAAGGCAGAGCAACCACACCUUCAGCAGCGGGGACACAGCCCCCUACACCAAGCUCUGCUGCAAGGGCUUCUGCAUCGACAUCCUCAAGAAGCUGGCCAAGGUGGUCAAGUUCUCCUACGACCUGUACCUGGUGACCAAUGGCAAGCACGGCAAGAGGGUGCGCGGCGUGUGGAACGGCAUGAUCGGCGAGGUGUACUACAAGCGGGCGGACAUGGCCAUCGGCUCCCUCACCAUCAACGAGGAGCGCUCCGAGAUCGUGGACUUCUCGGUGCCCUUCGUGGAGACGGGCAUCAGCGUGAUGGUGGCGCGAAGCAAUGGCACCGUGUCCCCGUCGGCCUUCCUGGAGCCCUACAGCCCCUCGGUGUGGGUGAUGAUGUUCGUCAUGUGCCUCACCGUGGUGGCCCUCACUGUCUUCAUGUUCGAGUACUUCAGCCCCGUCAGCUACAACCGGAACCUCACCAGCGGCAAGAAGUCUGGGGGCCCAUCCUUCACCAUUGGCAAGUCCGUGUGGCUGCUGUGGGCACUGGUCUUCAACAACUCGGUGCCCAUUGAGAACCCCAGGGGCACCACCAGCAAGAUCAUGGUCCUGGUCUGGGCUUUCUUUGCUGUCAUCUUCCUGGCCAGCUACACCGCCAACCUGGCCGCCUUCAUGAUCCAGGAGCAGUAUAUCGACACUGUGUCCGGCCUCAGUGAUAAGAAGUUUCAGCGGCCUCAGGAUCAGUACCCACCCUUUCGCUUCGGCACAGUGCCCAACGGCAGCACGGAGCGCAAUAUUCGCAGCAACUACCGGGACAUGCACACCCACAUGGUCAAGUUCAACCAGCGCUCUGUGGAGGACGCACUCACCAGCCUCAAGAUGGGGAAGCUGGACGCCUUCAUCUAUGAUGCCGCUGUCCUCAACUACAUGGCAGGCAAGGAUGAGGGCUGCAAGCUGGUCACCAUUGGCUCCGGCAAGGUCUUUGCCACCACCGGCUACGGCAUCGCCAUGCAGAAGGAGUCCCACUGGAAGCGAGCCAUCGACCUGGCGCUCCUGCAGUUCCUGGGGGAUGGGGAGACCCAGAAGCUGGAGACCGUGUGGCUCUCGGGGAUCUGCCAGAACGAGAAGAACGAGGUGAUGAGCAGCAAGCUGGACAUCGACAACAUGGCGGGCGUCUUCUACAUGCUGCUCGUGGCCAUGGGGCUGGCCUUGCUGGUCUUCGCGUGGGAGCACCUGGUCUACUGGAAGCUGCGCCACUCGGUGCCCAGCACAUCCCGGCUGGACCUCCUGCUGGCCUUCAGCAGGGUGGGUACCGCCCCGGCCUAGGCAGCGCCAGCGUUCGGGACACCCGACGCAGAUAAGUCAGAGGUAGCCAUGGCCCCGCUCACAGAUGUAAAAACGGGGGGUCCCCCAGUGGCCUGGCCGGCGGCAUCACAGCCCCGGGGAAGCAGCGCUGCGCCUGCAGGCAGGUGGUUCCCUGCGGCCGCCAGGCUCCUCCGCUGGACCCUCCCUGCCUUACUCCCCGCGUGGCUUUCGAAGGGGUUAACUUCUUGGAGCCGCAGAGAGUCCUGGGUAAUCUCACAGCAGCCCAGGGCCCGGCACAGGGGGGCGCGUAACAAGUGUUAGUUGCUUCCUAGGACUUAGAGGUGCCUGGGCUGGUGCCUAGACAGGGAGGGGCCCCGGAGAGGAGGGCGCGCUCACAGCG